AUGGAGCACCAGUCGGUACGGCAACCUCUGAACUCCCGUGCGGUCCUGGCCCAAGUAGGAGAGUUUACCACCACGAACUUGGCCGACUAUGUGACCUUCCCAACGUCUCCACCCACACCUAUUGCGCGGAUCUCGGCCGCGGUGAACAAGGAAAACCCCGCAUAUCCUCCAGGCGUGCUUCCCAAAGCGAGAGGGCGUGCGCCCCUGCUAAGCAAACGACAAGCAUACUACAAGGACACGAGGAACCAUCCAACACCCAAAGGCUACACGUCGGCCUUUGCAGGUUUGCAGGGCGCUACGCAAGCGAAGGGCUACCUCACUUACGAAACGCUCAAGACCUAUGAUCCCACCAUUUGUGCAACCUUCUGCAACUCGGUUAAGAUGUGUCAGUUCUUCAACAUAUAUUACGAGCGCAACAGCGAUGCGGCCGGCAAACCCGUCGAUAUCAUCAAGUGUUCGGUUUACUCGCUGUUCCAGACGAGUGCAACCGCCACAAACAAGGGCCAAUGGCGAGGCACCUUCCAGAUUCUGAUUACUGGGAGCAAUGGGUACAACAAAGCAAUUAAUCCUCAGGCUCCUGCUGGCUACACGCUGGAGGAUUUCGGCAGCGCUGCUAUCAAUGCACCGCUGUACGAUAGGACUGGCCAAUCCACUUUCAUUCAGCCGAUCUACCUCGACCAAUACGACCCGGCGCUUUGCGCUGCUGCUUGUGACUCGCAGACCGACUACAACAAGAGGCACUCUGAGGACGGCUGCAACUUCAAGGCCUGUGUUUUCGCCAACCUCUACAUCCUCUCUGAGAACGGGGUUCCGAAGACCACUGUUUGCGCUCUGUAUACUCAAGGAUGGACCUCUACCCACGCUGUGAACUCCGGCUACUCCACCUCGACAGAUGUUUACCUAGUCAGCAACAGCAUUGGCUUGACCAACACAAUCGCCGCCACCAUGUAUCCUCAAACCUGCUCAACCUGCGAGCCUAAGAAUACGGAGCUUAUUCCAAAAACACUUGGCGGCGCCAACCUGGCAACAUGGGCAGACCGGUCUAAGGUGGAAAUUGACGGGACUUUCACCUACCACGGCACGUACGGGCGAUGUGCCGUCGGCUCCACAGUUUACCUCUCCUACGAUAAGGCACCUACCGACGUCUUCGUCUAUUACGCCGUACCAGAUAGUAAUACUGUUGGCUGCGCCUCAACUGGGUAUAUCUACCAUGUUGACUCUGAACUUUGCUUAACGCAGUCCAAGACUUCGGAAUCUGCGCCUAUGUACGCUGGGAGCACCACCACGCUGCAGCCAUGCGACAUCUCCGGUACCGCGCCACCGAUGUCCCAGAAGUACUGCCACAACAGUUUGACACUGACCACGUACUACCCGGACCAGUGCUAUACCUUCUACGGUGACGGCGCGUUCGACCUAGAUUACGAAUGGUACGGUAUCGGCCCAGGACACAAGGAAGGAGCUAAUCUUGACAUCUCACCCAACACCAAUGUCUCAAGACCAGGCGGCGUCGGUUGUAUGUGGAUGAGGAUUGAUGGUCGUCAAAAAUAG